GAUAAACGGUUAACAGUUACUGAGGCACUUGGACACCCAUAUCUGGAUGAAGGCCGGCUUCGAUACCACUCAUGCAUGUGUACUUGCUGUGCCCCGACAUCCUGUGGUGGCCGACAGUACACCCAUGAUUUUGAACCAACAGCAUCACAUGCAUUUGAUGACACUUGGGAAAAUGAGUUACGAUCAAUGUCACAGGUGAAAGAUCGUCUGCACAAGUUCAUCAUGAGUCACUUAGCACGCGACCGUGUUCCUCUGUGUAUCAACCCAAUGUCUGCAGCAUACAAGAGCUUUGCCAGUUUCAGAAAUGAUGAGAAAGAUUGUUGAUCUCGAGACAAAUUGGGCUAGAAGAAAUUAAUGAGGCUACUUUGGAGAUGUUGCAUGGAGGUGGAGAAGACCAUUUUAAUUGGAAGAUGAUGCAGUUUCAGUAUGAGGGAGCAUAAUCACUAAAUGUGGCUAAUUCUGAAAUUAGACUUCCUCUCAUCAAAUUUAUUAUGCUGAGGCUGUCAAGAGGUUAUCAAGAUCAUAGAGUUGGCCAUGGCAUCCUUUACAGAAUUUGAUCUAAAUUGAUCACAUAGCUGUAGAGUCACUGAGGAGUUUCAGCAAUCAAUUCAGUGUUACAUGAGAAUUUACAGAAAAAAGGAAGCCUGAGCAUUAGAAACAUCAGUAGAUAAGUAUUCCACUGCCAGCCUCCUCUCUACAAGUCGUGCAACUCCAAACAGGAGUCGUCAUCCUUCAGAUACCUCAGAUGAAGAGGUUGAUUCAUCUCAACACCCCUCUACAAGUCAUGCAACUCCAAACAGGAGUCCUCCUUCAACUUCAUCAGCAGACGAAAAGGCGGAUGAAUUUGUCACUCUCACACCCACCAACUAACUCCAAAUCUUCACCUUUCAACGCUAUGACAUGAAAUGCAAGAUAUCAACGCAUUUUGGGUGAGUAUUAAUUAAAUGUUUUAUAACAUACAGUAUACAUUUUUAUUCAAAAUAUGCACAAC